GAUGCGAACUCGCCCCACGCCUUGCACGACCACGAGGCAGAGGAGACAAGCAUCGCUGCCCGGGGCCAUCCAGCUCUCCCUUUUCAUAUUUUGCUCUGCUCUCCUGCUUUUCAACCUUUUGUGUGCGCACAACCCGAUUGCGACUAUACACAUUUUAACACCCCCUUUCAACUCUGCUCGUCUCACCCCCCCCCCCCUUCGCCACGUCCGCUCAGCGGCUUGUCUUGCUCCGUCUUGCUCUUUUUUUAAAUUAUUAAUAUCCUUCGCCUCCACAGACGGCGACACUGCAUGCGGUGCAGUCGCCGCUGGUCGAACAUGUGGUCCAGUCACCUAUCCACGAAGCGCACCGUGGUCGAGGCGUACGAGCACCUGGCACACAAAGGCGUCAUCGAGCACGACGAUCGACAAAGAAGAAUGGCUGAGUCGUGCACCCCGCUGCUGCGCUUCAUUGAGCAGAGCCACGCCGAAGAGGAUGCAGGCAAGGUCACCGCGUUUACGCGGCCGUGGGUGGCGGCGGAGAGAAAGACGGGGCAAGGGUGGCUCCAGUCGAUUAGCGCCGUUCCAUCGACCGUGUGGGAGGUGCUGAUGAAGCGUGCCGGCCAACUCUUUCCGGACUCCGUCACGCGCACGCUGGGCUUUCUCGAAGCAGAAAACCUCGGCGUCGUGGAGAAGCGCGGCCUGUACCUGUGCGGCGACGUGGGCAUUGGCAAGACAAUGAUACUGGACCUCUUUGGCCUCUGCGCCACCCCCUACCCCAAGCGCCGCUCCCACCUGCACUCUUUCAUGAGUGAACUGGAGCAUCGUCUCUUUUGCGCAGAGGCGGAGCUGACGGCGCGGCGCCGCAGAGUGCAACUGCCGGCGGAGCGAAAGGCACUUCGUGCGCUUCGCCCGAUGGAUGUCGUGGUGCAAGAGGUGCUGCAGGAGACGCCGAUUUUGUGCUUUGAUGAGUUCCAGACCUUCGACGUGGCCCACGCCGCCCUGCUUGCCGCCUUCUUCACCAACGCCUUUCGGCAGGGUCUGUUCCUGCUCACCACCAGCAAUCGCCGACCGGAGGAGCUCUGCCACGUCUCCUCUUCCUUCAGCGCGUUCCUUCCCGUGCUGCAUCAGUACUGCAAUGUCGUCGAUUGCGGCGACAUUCGCGAUUAUCGACUGAAAGACGCGAACGAGUGUCAUCAUCACCAGGUCUUCUUGCACCCCAACUCGCGAGCGAAUAUGGAGCGACUGGUGCGGCGCAUCGAACACGGAUAUCGAACGACGAACCAUCAUGAUCGUCUUGACAGCAAUAGUGCAGUGGAGUGGAUUAAGGAGGACAUGCUGUGGCACCACGGCCGCGGCGUGAUCGUUCCUGUUCGUUGCGGCGGGUGUGCGAUGUUCGACUUCACCGACAUCUGCGGUGCUCGCGAAGGCUUUUCGUCCGCUGAUAUGCAGCUGAUCGCGUCGCAGUUUCACACCGUUGUUGUGACGAACGUGCCGCACAUCGGCAGAGGCAACUACAACGCAUCGCACCAGUUCAUCGUGCUGGUCGACGAGCUGUAUCAGAACAACGUGAAACUGCUUUUUACAUCGGUGGUGCCGUGGAAUCACUUAUUGGACCCCACGUACGCAGCGCGGGACGCACGGGCUAUCGGCGAUGGCGCCGACGGCAACACGUUGGGCGGCGGGAAGAGCAACAUCCGUAGCAGUGGCAGCGACGGCGAGUACUACAGUGAGGGCGAAGACGAUCGCAGCGGGUACAUGGCGCACUACAACUUCCAUAAUGAGGAAGAAGUUGUGAGUUUUGCUCGUAUUCGCAGUCGACUGAAUGAGAUGGGCUCCGCCUCCUAUUUGCUGCGCGACCACCGCCAGUUUGUCGUCUCCGAUUUUGACUUUUCGGCGUUUGUAGACCCCGAUAUCCAACGCAAGGUCUGUUCGUGA